UGCCGCCUUGCCCCCGAACCGAUCCAUGAGCUUCACGAUCAAGUCGGCGGCAGCAACAGCAACGACCGAAGAACGCAGAACGGCUUCGUUGUCCUGCGCCAGCAGCGCCAGCACGCUGUGCGCCAAACCGCGCAGCCGCUCCAGCAACAACAUAGAGAGCAGCCACAUCUUAGGCGUUGCAGGGGCAGCAGGAACAGGAGCGGUAGCGGGAGAAUCGCUCCAGGCAGGGGAAGAUCCCGUGCCGGGCCGCUCCGGGAAAAACAAGUCGCCUCCUCCUCCUCCACUUCCCGUCACCACCGCUUUUACUCCCGAUCCCACCGCCGCUGCUGCCGCGGCCGCAGCCGCAGCCGCAAUCAACCCGGGGAACAAGUUCGGGUUUGUGACGGUGAGCGCCGGUGACGGUCUCUCGGGAAUUGGUAGGCGGUCGUUUGAAUCUGAGCCUGCGCCUGGCGCUGGACCCGCGCCUGGCGCUGGACCCGCGCCUGGCGCUGUAGCGCAUCUCAACAAUGCCCGCGGAACGACGGCGUCUGCGCCGCCGUCUGCCUCUUCCCUCGGAGGCAGGGCCACGGCGGCACGGACGGGCGUCAGGAGGGGGCGGGGUCCCCGUCAGCGCGCAUCGGCGGAGGCAGAGGCAGUGCUAGCGCGUGACGGCGGCAGCGGUCACAGCGGCGGCGGUAGCAGCGGCGGCGGCGGUAGCAGCGACGGCGGCGGUAGCGGCAGCGGCGGCGAGGGCGCUCCCCCUCCCGCCACGAGCACGUUCAUGCACCAAUCACGCCUCCCUAAGCUACAAGUCCCCCCCCUGGGAGAUACGCUUGGGAGGUACCUGGGGGUAGUAGCACCAUUGCUGUCUCCGGAGGCAUUUGCGGUCACCAAGGGGGUGGUACAGGAGUUCGAGACCAGCGGGGAAGGGGAGGCGCUCCAGCGGUCUCUCCUCGAGUACGCCGCCGACAAGGACAGCUUCGUCGAGGAGUUUUGGGACGACAGCUAUCUCACGCCCAAGUCCAGCGUGGUGCUGAACCUUAAUCCCUUCUUCGUGUUCGAGACGCCCACUUUGAGCACUCACUCCAAAGACUUGGGAGACGAAAUCGGCGACCCUGGCGCCUGCUCCUUGUGCGGCGCCGGUGGUGGUUCGGAGGACCGUUCUCGCUUCCCCUCCCCGCGACGGAGGUCAGCAAAUGGAGGCAUCGACGACUACGACGACAACGCAUCCCGGCCAUCUUUUUAUCGGUCACCACCCCACAAGCGGGGCGACAGGAGGAGCAGCGAGUCGGCAUCCCGUCGGGCGGCUCGCGACACGAGUUGGGCCGCUGCCACGGGGAAGAAGCAGGCGAGGCGAGCCGCGUCUUUGCUGUACUCGUCGCUGAGGUUCGCGUCUGCCGUGCGGAGCGAGACGUUGCCCCCUGACCUUUGGCGAGACACCCCGCUUUGCAUGGCGCAGUACCGGAGGCUUUUCGGGGCGCACAGGAAAGCCGUGGAGAGCGACCCGGACGAGAUGAGAGUGUGCGAGGAUUCCAGACAUGUGGUUGUGCUGUGCAAGAACCAGUUCUACUGCUUCAGUGCGCUACAUCCCGAUGGACGGGUGGGAAUCACUGAGGAGGAGCUGGAAGAGAUUGUGCUAGCCGUGCAGGAAGACGCGGCGAAGGCUAACCUAGCAAAGACCGCGGCCAACGCUGUGGGGGUUCUCACCACUCAGACGCGGGACGAUUGGGCGGUCGCCAGGAGACGGCUGGCCGCGGCCGACGAGACAAACAAGCGCUACCUUCAUCUCGUCGACACGGCGCUCUUCGUGCUCUGCCUCGACCACACCUCCCCCUGCACGGCAGCCGAGAUCGCUGCUUCGUGCCUCCACGGGAGCUACGCCUUGGAAGGAGAUGUCCAGGUGGGUACGUGCACGAACCGGUGGUACGACAAGCUGCAGCUGAUCGUCUUCGAAAACGGCUCCGCGGGGGUGAACUUCGAGCAUACCUGGGUUGACGGACACACGGUACUCCGCUUCGCAAGCGACGUGUUCGCCGAUGUGAUUUAUCGGUUCGCCAACCACCUCACGUCUACCACGGGCGGCGCCCGCGGCCGUGAAGGCAUGGGGGAGGUGUUCCCCCCGGACAAGCAGGCGUUCUCCCUGUGCGAUGGGCGGAGCCCCGUCAAGAUGGAGUGGCGGCUGCCCAAGGACAUGCGGAGGGAUAUCUACUUCGCCGAGACCAGAAUAUCGGACCUCAUACGGCAGCACGACGUGCAAGCGCUGGAGUACGACACUUUCGGCAAGCGUUUCAUCACGCAGAACAAGAUGAGCCCGGACGCGUUCGUGCAGAUGUCGAUCGUGUACGGCUACUACGGCCUCUACGGAGAUGUCGUCGCCGCCUACGAGCCGGUCUUGACCAAGGCGUUUCUGAAGGGCAGAACAGAGGCGCUGCGGACGGUUACAGCGGAGGUCAAGGCCUUCUUGGAGGCGUUCUCCAACCCGGACACUUCCACGAAGCGCAAGAUGUUGUCGUUGAGGACAGCCAUCGUGUCGCACGGCCGCCUCGUCAAGCUGGCGGCCAAGGGGAAGGGGGUCGACAGACACUUGUUCGCCCUCCUGUGCAUGGCCAAGAAGAAGGCGGAGGAGGCGACAGCAGCAGCGACAGCAGCAAAGGAGGCGGUUCCGAACGGAGGGGACAGUAAUGGAAUCCCCCCCCCGUCUCCUCCCUCCCAUAUCCCGGCGUUGUUCGAGGACGAGGCUUGGCGGGUGCUUAACCACGUCAUCCUGUCCACGAGCAAUUGUGGCAAUCCGUCGCUGCGGCUCUUCGGCUUCGGGCCGGUCGUCCGGGAUGGUUUCGGCGUUGGCUACAUCAUCAAAGAAAACCAGCUGAAGUUGGUGGUGACGUCGAAGAACAGGCAGACGGAUAGGUUUGUCGGCAAGAUCCGGGAGUUUUUCGACACCGUCUUCCACGCUUACAGCCCGUCACAGGCACGUAUCCAUGGCAGGGUGAGAGUUGUGGCGGCCGGAGGUGCUUCGGACGAGUCCGGCGGCUACUCGAUGUGGGGGUCCUUCAGAAACAAGAAAGGAGACGCGCUUCUCUGACGGUUACAUCGUCUUGCCUCACACCGUGCCUUGUCUACUAUAAUAGCCUCCUGGCCUAGUCUGAUGGCCCGGCCCGCGCUGCACAGGGUCCUGGCGGAAUAGAUACCGGGGCCGUUGGUCGACUCACCUUCCGUCUGGCUUCUGGACUAAGGCCAAAGCGGUGGUGUGUACACGCUGCUACGAUAUAUAUAUAUAUAUAUAUUUAUAUAUAUAUAUUUGCGACUAUCGCAUGCCACGUUGGCGCUCACAGGACCGACGCAAAGAACCACGAUGUAGGAUAAGAGCACAGCUGGCACACCUGUUUAUGGCAGCCGUUUUGACCCCAGGUGAUUGUUGCUGCCGUGCUAGUGCUACAAGCUUGGUUCGAUGCGAUGUGCGCGGGGGCUGUUCGUAAAGGGUCGGGCGUGCACUCCGUGCAUCUUUCGGGUGUCAGCCGUCGGUUGUUGGAAAAAUAAGUCAAAGAUGGUGUGCUCGUUGACAAACGAUCGCGUCAGAUCGUGCAAACUUCGAAGGCAUCCUCAACAUUGUACACUUCGCCGAGACUCGAAGCAUGAGUGUGCUCAUAGUCAACCGUGCUUGCCGUAGUCGUUAGACCAUUGACGUGGCAUCCUUGCAAAACCGGGACGGAGACCGGAAGCUGGGGUAGGGCUGAAGGGAGGGCUUGGGUAUUCAUAAUCACCCAAAAGAAAGGGGGGUGACCCCGAACCGCGCCCUAGUGAGGCGCGUUUUGAUGUGGUGCAAGUUUACAUGUCCUCGCGCAGUAGUGCUGGCUGGAGCGGUACCGUGUCGUGCUCGCGUGGUGAGGGCUUCUGUUGUGUAGGGCGUGUUGCCACCGCUGGUGGAUGAACCUGCGGUAGUCGCUGUGUGCGUAAUUCCCGAGGCAGCGACGCGUGGGGAUUUCGCGGCGGGGUUGAUGGUUCGUCCGGGGGAGACGUGGAUAAAGACGCCAUCGGGGAUGUAUGUUUGCUGUUCUUCGCGUGGCAUUGGUACACCCGACUGAGCAGCCCGCGGCAACAGGCACGCCGUUCGCUUACAGCAGUAGAUAUAAAUAUUUCAUGAAGAAGAUCAUCCUUUUUCCGUGAGUGACAGGAGGAGUGUUGCGGAGUCUUUUGUACUCUUGCUUGUUGCGUCUCUGUGGCUUUGCUUCGUACCCUAUGACCCCGGGUGAGAUAGAUUCUUUGAUGCACCGCUUGCGCUAGCAGGGGAAAACGAUAGGCCGUGUGAGCACUUGGUAGGUAUCUUCGUCGUGAAGUUUGAUCUUUGCUUGUGUGCCUGCUCUCGCUGCAAUGGAAUGUUUUCCGUCGGAGACAUGCGUCUAAGCCAUGUAUUUGCGAAGUGCAGUUUUGGAGGAGGGAUUGCUGAGCUUCUGCCCAUUUCUCCGUUUUCUUUGUCCUGGUACGUACAUGGUGUUGAUCCGGUGUGCUGUCGCUUGUUGUGUUCCUUGUUUGCUCGUUGCGCUGUCCCUCAAAUUUUGAGGGAAGAGACUCAAAAUUUCCGAUUUUUUUUGUCCUUCGUCAAACGUCGUUUUGCACCCACUAGUGGUGAAGCGUCUUUUCCUUGCGUUGUAGGCACAAGUACAAGAGAUGAAGUGCAGCUUUUGUAUAUCUGUGCCUUCCCAUUUUGUUAAUACCGAAGGAAUGCUUGAUAGUCUGUCGUUGCGCACCAGCAGACCUUUUUGUUUUUGCCCAUCGGCACCCGGUUGAAAGAAUAAUUUCUAUGCACAUGUGGUGGUUCUUGUUUGACAAGCAGUAUCGUUUUACGUCUGUGUGCUGUUGUCCAUUUUUUUUUGUGUUAUUUAGGCAUCGCCGUCACUGGGUGGGUGUCAAAGUUGUAGAGAAUCACCUUCUUGAAAAAUAAAGUGGUAAUUUUCAAGGACCCGAUUUUGGUUGUCCCUCCAUAACUUUUGACUGAGAGCGAGUAAAAGAAAAGAAAAACAGCUUCGGAACGCCCA